AUGAUUCCGGAACUUGACUCCCAUCUUGCUAUCUAUGUGCUUGAAUGUCUGGAGCUUCUUGGCUUUAGAUCCUCUUCUCUCUUAUUUGAUUUAGGGUUUGCACCAGUGAAAGGAUUUGGGGUUGAGGAGAAGAAGUUAUCAUUUUUCGCGAUUGACAAACCUGUUGGUAAAUGCAUGGAUGGACGAGAAGGUAUGGCUUUUCCUGGCGGCUCUGCUCCAUACUACAUGCAGCAUAGAGGAGGAGGGGUUAGCGCAUCUGGUCCUGGAACUGGAACACCCUCUGGGUUCCAACCACCCUCUGGGUUCAGAGCUUUGUCAAAUGUCUCUUCAGGUUCUACAUUUUCCGUAGAGGCUGAACCUCAGCCUCAGCCUCUGUCGCAGUCUCAGCCUCAGCGUGGUGGUUUUGGUCACGGAAUUAACCUAGGUUCCUCACCUGAUGGUGGAGGUGGAAUGCCUUCUUCCGGUGAGCCUUUGAAAAAGAAAAGAGGGAGGCCAAGGAAGUAUGGUCCUGAGAGUGGGACUGUUUCCCUGCGACUCUCUCCCUUGUCUGCCACUGCUAAUUCCACCCCUGGAUCGGGCACUCCUGCCGAGAAACGGCCCAGAGGGCGCCCACCUGGAAGUGGAAGGAAGCAACAGCUUGCUACCCUAGGUGAAUGGAUGAACAGUUCUGCAGGAUUGGCCUUUUCACCUCAUGUUAUCACUGUUGGAGUUGGGGAGGACAUUGUAGCAAAGUUAUUCUCAUUUUCACAGCAGAGACCAAGGGCAUUAUGCAUCUUAACUGGAACUGGGACUGUUUCUUCUGUCAGUCUGCGCCACCCAGCUUCUACUAACGUCAGUGUUUCUUAUGAGGGCCGGUUUCAAAUAUUAUGCUUGUCUGGUUCUUACUUGGUUGCUGAAGAAGGUGGACCACGCAGUAGAAUAGGUGGCAUGAGUGUCUCCCUUUCUAGUCCUGAUGGUCACAUUAUUGGUGGUGGUGUUGCUAGCCUUAUAGCUGCAAGCCCAGUGCAGGUGGUUGUAUGCAGUUUUGUAUAUGGAACCUCUAAGCCAAAGACUAAACAAGUGACCACUACUGCUAUAAAAGACAGCAGUUCUGAACCUCAGAGUAGUGACAAGUUAGCUUCUCCAGCCAGUGCUCCUCCUAAUCAAAACUACACGUCUUCUUCUCCUGCCACAGGCAUUUGGCCUGCUUCAUCAAGGCCUUUGGAGGUGAAAAGUGCACAUCCACACACUGGUAUUGACUUGACGCGUGGUUGA